GCAGUGGUUGAGAGCGAGUCGUCCCGAGUGAAUUGACACUUCAGAUUACUUAACACGUUGGAACACCGUCACGAUGGCUGAAACGAGGAAGCCCAUGGGCGAAUUUAAAGAGGAUUCCAUAACUGUGGAAAUUGAUGCUAUUGCCAAAAAUUACAUAUUCGACGAAAGUUUGCGCGGCAAAUGGAUGCUGUUCUUCAACCACGAUUACAUGGACGACAUGUGGGCUAAGGCCGUAGAGCUCUACAGCGCUGGAGAGCUGCCUGGCAUCAUCUCCAUCAAGACGUCGACCGCCGCUCCGUGCGAGCGUUCAGGAACGACGGAAUACGGAGCAAUACGCUUCACGUGUGGGCCUCACACGGACCGCGAACGAAUUCUCCAAUACGGGCAGCAGCUGGUGAAGAAAAUGCAGUAUUUCAAUGUUGAUUUCGGAUUCGUUGCCUACAAGACUGAUGGCCAGUCGAGGAUCGGGACAAAGGCUACUGGAGCUACGAAGAAUUAUCUGUACCGCAUGCCCGUGCCCACGUAUGACCACUUAAAGCAGAGAUCGGGGCAGAGGACGGAACCCCCCAUAAAAAUACCGUCUCGGAUGUCUACUCGCCAGUGGGUCACUGAAGUGGUGGGGGAUUACAUCGAGGAUCCUGCCGAUUUUGAAGAUUAUGCGAGAUGGUUGAUGAAGUUCCCUGAAGGAACCCACCAUGACUCUGCGUGGGUCAGAGCUUGUCGCCUCUACCGCAGCGGUGAACUGGAAGACGUCGCGUACAUGCAAACGUCGACAGCCAAACCCGCGCCGGGCAAAGAGAACGUAAAAGAGGGAGUGAUAUUUUUCUACUCCCGAGACAACCUUUCGCCGUCAAAACUGCAGCAAUGCGGAAAAAAUCUUGUGCAAAAACUUAAUUACUCAUCGAGGCAUGGGGAGCUAUUAUGUAGGUCUUACAAGACGGGCCGUACCUGGGUUGUACUGUGCCGGGUUCCCACUCUUGAACAGUGAACUUGAAUCUGACAUAGCGAACAGCGCCGUGUGCCCAAUAAUGACCAUUCGAAUUUUUUUCAUGAUUAAAUUCGCUUUUAAGUACCCCAACUGAUCUAUGUUUAGCGUUAUACGUAUAAAUUAUUCGCUCUUUGAAACCUGUCCCCUGGAUGAGCUCAGCACCCCAUUGAAAAUUGCUCAAAAAUGAAUGUCCCAUAAUACAUAUCAAUUACCAAGGUGAAAAUAUUAUUCGGUAUAAUCCAAUCAAGGAAAUUUGUUGCAGAUAUUACUAUUGUGUUAACAUUAUCCCGCCGUCGUAUUAAUGUAA